AUGAAGAGUAGGAGAAACUACACGACGGGAUGCGGUUUCAGUGACAAGGCGGAGUGGCUCGAAAAGUCCAAAGAUGAAGAAGACGAUGCCAUUCCUGUUCAUCCGCUGGGCGUGAAGCCCUCUGGAAACGGCCUAACUGCUUCAGGGGAUAUCCGGCCUGCCAUGGGUGGCUUUGCCUUGUUGCCGGACGAGCUGAUAUUGAUCCUCCUUGAGUCAUUCGAUGCGGCGACCCUGAGGCGUCUGGGAUCAGCCUGCAAGGCGCUGUAUGCCUUCACCAGGGCAGAAGAGCUCUGGAAGGCUCUUUUUAUCAAGGAGCCACAGUCGAAGUUCUCAUGGCAAGGCGACUGGCAUUCGACAUAUUUGAAUCUACCGCCGUCAGAGGUUGCCUCGCCCAACUGCUCGCAACUGUUCUCAGACACGCUUCAUAGGCCCUUCCAGUGUGCUCAUCUCAGCCUGUCUACUUACACGGCCAUACCGGCACGGAACCAGAUACCUCGCCUGGCCAACUUGAGCCAGGUCGAGUUCGAUGAGUCAUGGGCGGACCGGCCCUUUAUACUCACUCAGCCGGUCAAGGAGUGGCCGGUCUUCCAAUCCUGGUCUGUCCAAUACAUCUUGGAUAAGUAUGCAGACACCCUCUUCCGUGCGGAGGCGGUCGAUUGGCCGUUCAGGACGUACGCUGACUACAUGAACAACAACUCGGACGAGAGUCCGCUUUAUCUCUUUGACAAGAACUUCGUCUCGAAGAUGGGGUUACGUGGUGGUGACGAUGCCGCGUUUUGGCCGCCUUCAUGUUUUGGAGACGACUUGUUUGCCGUGCUGGGCUGCCAGCGCCCAGACAAGGAGUGGUUGAUCAUCGGGCCUGCCAGGAGCGGGAGCACCUUUCACAAAGACCCAAAUGCUACGAGUGCGUGGAAUGCGGUGCUGCGCGGCUCCAAGUACUGGAUAAUGUUUCCCGGGUCAGCGUCACUGCCCCCUCCUCCGGGAGUAUACGUUUCUGCGGACCAAUCCGAAGUCACCUCCCCUCUCAGCAUUGCUGAAUGGCUGCUCAACUUCCAUGAAGAGGCUCGGAACAUGACUGGCUGUCUGGAAGGAGUAUGUGGCGAAGGAGAGGUACUACAUGUUCCCUCAGGGUGGUGGCACCUUGUUGUCAACCUAUCUGAGUCCGUAGCUAUCACGCAGAACUUUGUGCCUCGCAAACACCUCCGCUCCACGCUGGAUUUCAUGAAAAAUAAGCCUGACCAGGUAUCUGGGUUCCGCAAGGAUAUCGUGGAUCCCUAUGGUCUCUUUGUGCAGAAGAUGAAAGAAGCAUAUCCAGACAUGCUUGAGCAGGCAUUGCAGGAGAUGGAGGCCAAGAAGAAGAGAAAAUGGGAUGAAGUUGUCAAGGUUUCGGACAGUCCUACUGAUGACCCAAAUGUAGGCGGAUUUAGCUUUGGCUUUGGCGAUGACAGUGAUGCUGAAGUGCCAUAG